CUCUUCUACACGUAUAAAUAAUGAGACACCGUGGCAGCUCUUCGUUCCUAUUCCCUCUCAGAAUCAGAGACUGGUGUUACCAACGGAGGGAAAGACACAGAAACCACUUCGAGAUUGCUUCAUCCGUUUCUCCCUUGACAUGGAUUGGUUUCGGUACCAAGGGUUUGGAUUUGCUUCUCUCUUCUUCUUCUAAUCCGAAUGCUUGUCUCUUGACCUAGUGCAAGAUGUCCGACACAAAUAUGGGGGAUGUAAAGGUGCAAGAGAGCACUGAAAAUGCGCUUGGAGGAGGCCAGGGUAAUGUAGAUUUAUCUGGGGAGGAACCUCAACAUGCGGACAAGAACGAGGAAAGUCCGAUGCCCUCACCCCAGCAAGAGGAGGAAAUAAUAAAGAAAAAGUAUGGAGGAAUGAUACCAAAAAAGCCUCCACUCAUAUCCAAGGAUCAUGAACAUGCUUUCUUUGACUCUGCUGAUUGGGCAUUAGGAAAGAUGUCCAAAAAGCAAGGAGCUCAGAAGCCCAAAGGACCUCUUGAGGCACUAAGGCCAAAAUUACAGCCCACACCACAGCAGCAAGUACGAUCUAGACGAUCUGCUUAUGCUCCAUCGGAAGACAAUGAAGAUCAUGACGAGACUGGAUCACCUACCCAUACGUAUAUGCUUCAUGCAUGGGCUGUGAUGAAGCUUCUAUCAAUGUGCGGCCAUACAUUAUCCAACAUUGAUGACUUGGAGAUCACCUACCCAUAUGUGGAUGCUUCAUGAAUGGGCUUUGAUGAAGCUUCCAUACAUUCUUAAUGAGUUUGGCUGCACUAGGGGUGUUGAAAGCUGACUGCACUGUAACGCUCGAUCAGAACCUAUUGGUUAAAGCCCAAAACCAAACUGAUUGGUUAGUAAAUGGGGCUAGGCCUAAACCAAUUCUUCAUUCAGUGUUUGGUUAUAGCCCGAUAACACCUGAUUGAACCGAUAGACAAUUAAAAUCACGACUAUUUAUAAUCUGAUUAGCCUGUUUAUGGUUUGUUA